GGGGGCGGCGCGCCGCGCCUGAGCUACUGGGGCGCCUGGUCCCGGCCCCAGAGGGCUAGGCCCCUAGCAGCCAACCUCCCGCAAGUGGUUGCACUCCGCUCGCUUUGCAUCCCCAGCUCUUGCAGCCCCCAGCCCUGGGCCGCCCCACCUGCUUUGGAAGCUUUGGCGGGGGUGUCCGCCAUGUCCAGGGGGAAGCAAGUCAGCCUCCGCGGAGGCGGCACAUAGAAAUUCGAAAGGAGGAGGGAAGAGGCAUGGGGAAGACGUGUCAGGCCAGAGAACCUGUGCGUGAGGAAGCAUGGCCUGGAGUGCGGGGUGGAUGCGGGGAAGUCGGCAGGGGUUUACCUUCCACGCGCCUCUCUGCACUCGGUGUGCACAGACGAGCAAGGAAAGUGGACGCCCACCGGGGCCUUCCCGCUCUGGGGCCAGCUCUGUCGGGCUUCCACCUGGGACUGAUGGGUCACGGCCUGCCCCUCUGUCUGCAGCUUUUCCUAGAUGACUCCAAAAUGAAGAACUUCAUCACCUGCUUCAAAGACCCGCAGUUCCUGGUCGUCUUCUUCUCUCGCCUGAGACCCAACCGCAGCGGGCGCUACGAGGCCUCCUUCCCCUUCCUCUCACCAUGCGGCAGGGAGCGCAACUUCCUCCGCUGCGAGGACCGGCCCGUGGUCUUCACGCACCUGCUGGCCGCGGACGCCGGGCCCCCGCGCCUCUCCUACUGCGGCGGCGGCGAGGCCCUGGCCGUACCCUUCGAGCCGGCGCGCCUGCUGCCCCUGGCCGCCAAUGGGCGGCUCUACCACCCAGCGCCGGAGCGCGCGGGCGGUGUAGGGCUGGUGCGAUCGGCCCUGGCCUUCGAGCUCAGCGCCUGCUUCGAGUACGCGCCCGGCGCGCCAGACCUGCCCUCUCACGUGUGUUGGCAGGGCCGCCGUUUCGCGCUCACUAUGGACCUGGCCCCGCUGCUGCUCGCUGCCCCGCCACCCUGAGCGGCGCCGCGCGGCCCGCGUCGCUGCGCACGCGCCACCCAGAGAGCUCGCCGGCUGAGGCUGAGUGCGCGUGCGCGGCGAAGGUGCACCGCUGUCCCGCUGCCCCGCCCCGCCCGGCGCUGUCCGAGGUGCUGCCGCGGCCCGGGCCCCGACACGGGGAGGGGCUGGGUCACCAGCCCUCGGUCCCUCCCCACUCACCUGGCCUGGGGUGUCCUCGGCGUUCUCUGGUUUGGCCGGCGCUCGCGACGGCAGACCCGGGCGGCCGGGCGGGAGGAGCCGGCGCUCCAGUGCGCGAGCGGCGCCCGCCCCUCCCCCACCCUGCGCUGCUCGGUGGGCCAGGGUUCGGCUGGGGAGCCGCGCCGCGGAAGCGUCAGGUGAGGGGUCCGCCCGACCCAAGGUCAGCGGGCGAGGGGGCGGGAUCGGGGGCCGUCCCUGCUCACCGAGAAGGGCGUGCGACCUGGCGGGGACCACGCCCUGCCCUGUACCGGCCUGGGACAGACCAUGCCUGAGGCCAUGGACGAUCAAGACUCCCGACUCUGCGCCUGAGAGGAUCGCAGGUCUUCCCCUCUUACCCCUCCGAGCCUCCCUCCCCCUCAAAUGGGUGCCCUGAGACAGUGACAACCCACCCCUGCCCAGCCGGAUUAGGGGGUUUUCCCCUAGGUAAAAGGAUUUCUGGGCUGGCCUCCCCUGCCCUUCCUGCUUGGGCCCUCAUCCUUGCCCAGGCCAGCCUUUCUACACGAAUCAGCAUCUAGGAGCUGUCCAUGAGAGCAGUAGUCCCCUGAGUCCUGAGAAGGAGGCCAAGAACCUUCUAUAUUUGAGAGGCCUUGCUGCUGGAAGCUGGGUGGCCACUCCUUUUGUUCAGGGAAAUGGGUCCCAGGGGCUUCAGAGAAUGCCCACAGUUUCUUGGGGCUCACCUACAUUCUGAGACAUCUGGGAACUGCCUCUGCCUGAGCCAAAGCUAUUCCAUUAAAACUUUUGCUGUGCCUGUC